GUCUCACUCUCUCACAAGUGCUGAUUCUUAUUCGGAUUCUGCUUCGUCAGAUUCUUUCAUCAAUUCCAAAACUGCAGUUCGGUUUCGUCCUCUUAGACGAACACGCGCUUCGUAUAAAGGAGAGAUCAGUAGACCUGAUAGUUCUUCCUCUUCGUCUUGUUCGUCCCAUUCUUCCCCAAACUAUCGUACAAAACGUCGGCAGCAUCUACAAAAUCGCAAACCUGGCCCACGCAAACUCCGUCAAGUCGUUUUAUCUGAUCCUUCGAGUGAUUCAUAUGACGAAGAGAUUAUAAAAUCUCACAGAUCUUGGUGCGAACACUGUGGUAAAUCUGGGAAAAAGCAAGAAAAAGACCGAAAAAAAAACGAAGACGCAGAUAAAUUACUUGUAUUAUGUGAUUUGUGUUCGUGCUCAUAUCACUGGGGUUGCAUACCUCAGCAGAGAAAAUCGAAGAAGAUACACAAGACGUUUAGGUGUACAAAAUGUAUACGGCAUAAGAGUACUGUUAAAUGUAUGAUUUGUAAUUUAGAUAUUAAUGGUAUUAGUGCGAAGAGACAAGCAGAAAAAGGGGAGGAUGAAAAUGAUACAGAUGGAAACCAAAGAAUGAAAUUAAGAGAAAGGAAAGAAGUGAAGAUGAAAGUUGAAGAUGACGAUGAGGGUAGGCGAAUUAAGGGGAAGAAAAGACAGAUGAAUAUAGAUGAGCUGAUUAAGACAUACAGAAGGAAGUGGAAGU